CGAACAUUCUAACCCAAUCUGUCAGCCCUGUCCUGUAACUUGUUUUGUCCUUAGAUCAUACUUUUGUCAGUAAAGAAGGAAUUCUAGGAAUAGAUUCAGGCAUUUUUGGAUUAAUAUUUGCGUUGAAAUGGCAAAAGUAGAUAUGGAAUUAAAAAAAGCGUUCACUGAAUUGCAAGAGAAACAAAUAGAAACUGCCCAAAAAUUGAGGAUAGCUGAUAUGCAAAUAGAAAAUUUGAAGCGAAACAAACAGCAUGCCUCAAUAACAGAAAGAGAAAUUAAUGCCCUGGAAGAAGGUACAAGGACCUAUGAAUCUGUUGGUAGAAUGUUCUACCUAACACCAGUGGAAAAAGUGAAAGAAAACUUGGGUAAUAAGCAGAAGACAGCAGAGGAAAAAAUCAAAGUACUAGAAAGUAGUAAGAGUUACUUGGAGAACUCUUUGCAAGAAGCCACCAAGAAUUUGCGGGAACUAGUCCAAACAAAAAAAGACAGGGAAUGAAAUAGAUACAACUCCAAAAUUAUUUACUAUAUUUUAACUGUAAUCGAGUAACAAAAAUCACAAGUUGUAAUAAACUUAACUUAUUAAUAAAAUUUCAAGCUAUUUCUUGCAUAGCAGUUUCAAAUAACAGUUCUUCUGAAUUGGGUGUAUUAUCAACAUAUGAAGGUUUAUGGAGAAGCUUGAAAAUGCCUGUUCCAAUAGGAGCUGGCAUUCCCAUGAUGAUAUUCUCUGACACCCCAUUAAUUUUGUCUGUCUGUCCAUAAUAGGCAGCAUCAAAUAAAUGGUCAGCAGUCUUCUCAAACU